CCCUGCUCGCCGGGCCCGCCCUGCCUGGCCCGCCCUUCGACUCACUUUGCUCGUUCCCUCCCUCCCCGGGCGCGCUAGGGCCGCCGCAGCGCUCCCCGCCCUCCAGCCGCGGUGCCGGAGCCGCCCGCCGCCCGAAGAGGAGGUGGACGGAGCCGCAGGGGCCCGCCGAGGCGGCGGCGGCAAGAUGGCGGACUUCCUGCCGUCGCGGUCCGUGCUGUCCGUGUGCUUCCCGGGCUGUGUGCUGACUAGCGGCGAGGCCGAGCAGCAGCGCAAGUCCAAGGAGAUCGACAAAUGCCUGUCUCGGGAGAAGACCUACGUGAAGCGGCUCGUGAAGAUUCUGCUACUGGGCGCGGGCGAGAGCGGCAAGUCCACCUUCCUCAAGCAGAUGCGGAUCAUCCACGGGCAGGACUUCGACCAGCGCGCGCGCGAGGAGUUCCGCCCCACCAUCUACAGCAACGUGAUCAAAGGUAUGAGGGUGCUGGUAGAUGCCCGAGAGAAGCUUCAUAUUCCUUGGGGAGAUAAUUCAAACCAACUCAAUGGAGACAAAAUGAUGGCAUUUGAUACCCGGUCACCCAUGGCAGCCCAGGGAAUGGUGGAAACACGGGUUUUUUUACAAUAUCUUCCUGCUAUAAGAGCGUUAUGGGCAGACAGCGGCAUACAGAAUGCCUAUGAUCGACGACGAGAAUUUCAACUGGGUGAAUCUGUAAAAUAUUUCCUGGAUAACUUGGAUAAACUUGGAGAAUCAGAUUACGUUCCCUCACAACAAGAUAUUCUGCUUGCCAGAAGGCCCACCAAAGGCAUUCAUGAGUACGACUUUGAAAUUAAAAGUGUUCCUUUCAAAAUGGUUGAUGUAGGUGGUCAGAGAUCAGAAAGGAAACGUUGGUUUGAAUGCUUCGACAGUGUGACAUCAAUACUUUUCCUUGUUUCCUCAAGUGAAUUUGACCAGGUUCUAAUGGAAGAUCGACUGACCAAUCGCCUUACAGAAUCUCUGAACAUUUUUGAAACAAUUGUCAAUAACCGGGUUUUCAGCAAUGUCUCCAUAAUUCUCUUCUUAAACAAGACAGACUUGCUUGAGGAGAAAGUGCAAAUUGUGAGCAUCAAAGACUAUUUCUUAGAAUUUGAAGGGGAUCCCCACUGCUUAAGAGACGUCCAAAAAUUCCUGGUGGAAUGUUUCCGUAACAAACGCCGGGACCAGCAGCAGAAGCCCUUAUACCACCACUUCACCACUGCUAUUAACACGGAAAACAUCCGCCUUGUUUUCCGUGAUGUGAAGGAUACUAUUCUUCAUGACAACCUCAAGCAGCUUAUGCUACAGUGAUGUACAAAAGACUUGCUAUUUUAAUAUCUUUUUGUGUCUUUGAUUGUUUUCUGUUUUUGUUCUUUUUUUUCUUUUUAAAGUAGCAGUCUACAACAGGAAUUAGAAAAAUUUUGAUUCUUUGAUUAACUUCCUGGAAGUCUUAGUCCCUCUUUUGUGGACUUUAGUUUGUGGGUGAAAGCUGCUGAAUAACACAUUGCCAAUAUCUGCUGAAGCUCAGGCUUUGAUCUGUUUCACUAUGGCUUCCAUUUGAGACAAGUGGUAAUUUCUUGGCAUACGUCAGAUUAGGUAUAUUUCAGGCUUUAAAUUCUUCCAAUUUUCAAACUGAAUUUUCCUGUAGUGCCAAGCUUAGAGGUUGUCCUUAAAUACUUGCAGGUAUGAGGCCAAGAACAAGUAAACCAAAUAAGAUGUCUUUAGUCUGCCUAACACAUAGCAAUGACACUUGACUUCCUAUUUUGAAAGGGCUAUCGGAAAAAAGUUUGAUCUAAGGAAUGCAUUCUGUAGGUUUACCCAGAUUUAGCCCCUUUUUUUGUUUUAAAAUUUCUUUGGUUUCUGAAGAUAGUUUUCUUAAUGUUUUCAAGUUUACAUGAGGAUUUUUGAUCUGAUGCUAAUGAAGAGUUCACAAAUGGUGGGGAAGGGGGAGCAAAAGGUAAGCAAAUGCCAUGUAUAGUGUUUUGAUCAACAGUAAAGAGUAAAAUAUAAUUUGUCUUUUUCAUAUUUAAUUAUCAUAUAAGUAAUGUGCCAUAUGUGAAACAUUCUGGCCAUAGUAGCAACUAAAAGCUACAAGCAACUUGGAAGCAGAAUUUUCUGAGUAAACAUACCUUUUCCAGUCACACUUCUAAAUCCUGUCUCAUAUGAUUUUGGUCCUUAUUGUAGAAAACAUUAUUGCACCAUCACAACCAUCUUUCUUUUGCUCUCCUGUCCAUUUCCAUCAACUCCAGACUGUGGCAUUUAUGGGAUUUUCUGUUUAUUUGGGGCUUGCCAAGGCAGUAUUUCUCUGUCAAGCUAUUCAAGAAGGCAUUAUUUGAGAUUCUUACUCAUUCUUGUGUAUCUCUAAAAGAUACAGUAUGUACAUUUUUGUAUAAUUAUUGUUUAUGAAAUACCGGCUUUUUCGAGGUACAUUUUAAAUGUUUUAAGGAUACUUCUAUGGAUAAAUGGUAAUUGUUUAGUUCACACUUAAAGACAAUUACAUUUGACUUCUCCCGCUGCUUACCAAGUUAAAACGCACCCAUGAAGUAGCUUUGUGAUUAUAAAUACAUUCAUAGUGAACUCACCAGAAUGGCUGGUUUGCAGUAGUAAAAAAUACUGUCAUGUAGGUUAUAUGUAGUGCUAGAAUUGGAUUUAGAGAAACAAAUUUACAAGGCUGGUGACAGUUUGAAAAGUUGAACAGCUUUUCUCCUGUAUUUGAAAAUUGUGAUUAAGACUGUGAUAUCUGUCACUUUACUGUAUAGCUGACUGUGUUCUCAGGUAUUUUAUUGGUUAGAAAGUCCUUCAAAGAUUGGUCAACAUUGUGGAUCACCCAGCCUUUCCAGGACAUUGGCGCUUGGUCUGUUCUGCUGUCAAGGGUAAGAGGUGGGCUUCUCAGUGAGCCAACCAGGCAUUGCUCUUAACAUACCUACUUUUCUUGCAUUUGAAGUGCUACCGUUGUCAUACGCAUACUAGCUGCCGGUGUUUCAUGUGUUGGUAAUACAUGAGCUACAAACGUGUAGCCCCACAUCAUAACACAGGUGUGCACAGGAGAAUUCAUGCAUGUUUGAAUAGUUUUCCAUCUAGUGCUUCUUGCCAAAAAGGAUACAUUGUUUAAAUCCACAGGGUUAAUGUAAUCUCAGUGCUAGUGACUCCCUCUGGAUAUGUAUGUGCACAGUAACAUUGGAUUUUUUGGUGAAGAGUCUAUGUGAACAUUUAGCAUAUAGUUUUAUGGAAUGGUCAGAAUAUUUAAUUUUACUGAAGGCUAACAUAAAUUCCCUACAUAAAGAGGAAACGUAGUCUUAUUUAAAUUAUACUUAAUAUCUGUGCUGUGAAUCAUAAACAUUGCCUGACAAAGCAGAAAUCUCCAAGUUUCUCCAUGUUGUCUACCACCAAGAAAUGUUAAAACACCAAAUAGAUAUGAUAUUAUUUUUGGCAUUUGUGAUUUUCUUUCCUGGCAUGUGUGAAGUCUCCGAGUCGACAUUCUUUUAAAAUCUAGAAAAUAUUUUGAGGCAGUAAAUUCCUUGUGUUUCAUGGCAGACUUGUGUAGAACAUUCAGUAGAGCUGUGAGGUUCAAUCUAAAGGCUUUAGAUCACAUUUGUAAUAUACUGUAUUUUUAAACCAUUUGAAGGAGUCUUAUAGUGGUAGCAUGAAAACCAGAUCCUUCUGAAAUACCACUAUACGAAGAGAGAGAGAAUAUUUAGUGAUCAGAAUUGAAAGGAUGCUUGUAAUUUUCAUUAUGCCAAUUCCCUCUAACCUCUAAAAAAGUAAUUUAAAUUUAAUAUUCUUUGUUAUAUGUUCAGUUUUUCUGUCCUCAUGGUUAUGUUUUGAAAUAAAAUGUGCCUAAUUCUAUAUUACAUUCUGUUCUUAAACCUGAAUGCCUUCUUGUUUUAUUCUCAAGAAAUAUCACACAAGUGUCUUCACUGACCUUGAAGAAAUUUAUAUCAUACAGAGUUGCCUUAUAAAUCAAAGAACAACACAAGUUUGAGCCUUGAUUUUUUAAAGAGAGUUUUGUUAAAUGUUUUCUGAAGUUCUAAAUAAUAAUCCAAGUUGUAUGCCUCUGCCACUUAAAUAUUAUUUUAAAUAACUUAAAUUGUUGAUUUUUGCCAAAUAUUUUAUUAAAUUGAAAUCAUUUCAAUUUUAUUGCCUGGAAAGGACACUUGAUAGAGAGCAACUGCAACCAAAGAAGGCAAGGUGGAGUGAAAAAGAUCAUUCUUUUUUGAUUUGUUUUAACAAGUUACAUUGGCAUGUACUUUGCAUGGGGAACGUCUGCUGGUUCAUCUCUGCAGUGGGGCUGCUUAGGGAAAUCCUUGUUUAGUCAGGGGGCAGUGGUUGCUUUAAAAUAAAAGGAGGUAAAAUUGCUUAAUGCCAGAAAUAACUGUAAGUAUUGUUUUAGAUUCAAUAGAAAUCAUAAGCCCUAUAAUUUUUUGUAAGAGGGGAUGGGUAAAUCUUAACUUUCAAUGUAUACCCAAAUACUUGUAUUUAUGCUUUUGAUAAAAUGUAUUUUCAUCAUUAGUACACAUAUCCGGUUAUGCCUUAUUUAAAUGAAGAAUAAAGUUACCAAGUUAUGCACUGUUAUGUCCUGAAACUCCAAUCACUAUUUGAAGAAGCCCUCAAAUUGGUGCUUUCAUUAGUUAAUGGAUACAUUUAAACAAAACCGCAAAAUAGGCCAUUUGAAACAAGAUUCUCUCCAUUGCAAUCUGUAGCAAUGUUAUAUCUGUAUAUGUAAUGGGAAGGUUAAAUAUCAGUGUUAACUCUUAAUUUCUUGUUUGAAUCCAUGAAAUCAUGCCUGUAAAGCCCAAACAUUUGUAACAAACUCCCUAAUAAAUCUAGAGAAAGUCA